AAGGAAACACAUCCCUGUAUUUGAGGUCCCUAGAUGCUCCAUGCGGUGUUGACAACCCCAAGGUUAAGACACAGCCCAGGCGUGUAGUGGGCGACCCUACCACCCUGUCAAGGACAAGGACCCCUUCUCCCUUGUUUCUAAAAGUGUGGUCUGGAUCUUGAAAGAUCACACAGGAGAAGGGGAAAAGGGAUGGGAGGCAGCACUGAGAAGGGAGGAGACAGAAGUGCCCUGGACAGAGGCCACCCCCAGACCAUAUGACCCUGGGAAAUGCUCCUGCCUUGGGAGGAGCUCGGCUCAGAGGGAGGAACAACAGCAGACCCAACACACCUGAGAAGCCUUGCUUUGGAGCUUUUCCGGGGGCAAAACGCUUCUUAUAGGAGAGACAGAGCAAGCAACAGAGACAAUGAAGCCAUCCUCUGGCCUCUCCAGCAGAAGGUGCAUUCCCUGGCAGGGGCUCCUGCUCACAGCCUCACUUUUAACCUUCUGGAGCCCACCCACCGCUGCCCACCUCACUGUUGAAACUGUGCCCUUCGUUACUGCUGAAGGCGGUAAUGUUCUUCUACUUGUCUACAAUCUGCCCGAGAAUCUUCGACUCUAUCGCUGGUACAAAGGGGCGAGCGUAGCCAACAGCCAUAGAAUUGCCGCAUAUGUGAUAUCCACUCAAGCGCUUAAACCAGGCUCUGCAUACAGUGGUCGAGAAACAAUAUACCCAAACGGAUCCCUGCUCUUCCAGAACGUCACCCAGGAAGACACUGGAUUCUACACGUUACUAACUGUAAACACAUUUCGUCAGGUACAGCAAGCCUCUGGACAGGUCCAAGUAUACCGGAUGUUACCCAAACCCUUCAUCACAAGCAACAACUCCAAACCUGUAGAAGGUAAGGACGCAGUAUCACUAACGUGUAAACCAGACACUCAGAACACAACUUACCUGUGGUGGAGAAAUGGCCAGAGCCUCCCAGACAGUGACAGACUGAAGCUGUCGAAGAACAACAAAACGCUCACUUUAAGCCGUGUGAGAAGGAAUGACACAGGACUCUAUGAAUGUGAGACCCGGAACCCGCUGAGUGCCAACCGCAGUGACCCAGUGACGCUGAAUGUCCUCUACGGCCCGGAUGCCCCUGUCAUAUGGCCCAUGGACUCCCAUUUCCGCUCAGGGAUAAGCCUCCGCCUCUCCUGCCACACAGCCUCUAAACCACCUGCAAAGUUUACCUGGCUUUUCAAUGGGAGGAUCUUGAAGUCUACGCAGGAGUUUGUCAUCCCCCAAAUCACCAAAAGCAAUAGCGGGUACUAUACCUGCCUCGUCCAUAAUUCUGCCACACACCUCAGUAGGACCACACUCAAGAAUAUCAUCGUCUUUGAUGUAGUGACAAAGCCCUCCAUCAGCACCAACAGCACCACAGUAAAAGAAGAGGAUUCUGUGGUCCUGACCUGCCUCUCGGGUGACACUGGAAUCUCCAUCCAGUGGAUCUUCAAUGAUCAGAUUCUGCAGCUCACAGAGAGGAUGACGCUGUCCCAGAAGAACAGCAUCCUCACCGUCGGCCCGGUCAGGAGGGAGGAUGCUGGGGAGUACCAGUGUGAGGUCUCCAACCCAGUCAGUUCCAGCAGGAGUGACCCCCUCAGGCUGGCUGUGAAAUAUGAUGCACUCAUGGGCUCUCCUGUUAAUUAAUAAACUCUGUAUUGAAAGUUUUUCCCAGGAAAUGGCAGUUAUCAGCACUAAUGGGUGUAGAGCUGCUGUGAAUAAUCAAUGAAUGGAAAUGCAGUGUUCCUAGAAGACUUGUAGAGACUCAAUAAAUUCCCCAAAGCAGACAGUGA